AUGAUAUUCUUCAUUCUCAAUGGUACCACAGACGCCUACCAAGUAAAUGUUAACGGACAUGAGUUUAACAAUACAAACGACGUAAAGCAAGUUAUUUGCAGAUUCACGUUCAAUGACGCCAGAGUCGUUGUGCUGGGCAGGUGUCCUCUAACAAAAACAAGAGGCAGGGGGCAGAAGGCAGUCCUCAACCAGGGUCAGUUCUCAGCCAGGGCUGACAGUGGAAAAAGGACAUCCAUAUUGAUAAUCUUGUGUCAUUUUCUUUUAGAUGAGAGUCCCAGUGGUGUGAAUGAACACAGUAUAACUUGUCCUGGACCAAAAAUUAAAAAUACUGGAGAGGAUGUUAUUCUUCAAGUCAGUCUGAACAAUGGCAUCUCCUUCAUUGGGAACAAAGUCAUUAUAACCAGUACCAACUGCAUGAGUACUAGGGGAUCCCAAGGCAGCAGGGUGUUCAACUGGUCCUGGCUGAUGUUCCUGCCAAUCGUGCUGGCGACUCUGCUCUUGCUGUGCUGCACUUGGAAGUUUUGCCUAAAGCCUAAGGAUCAGUCGCAGCCACCUCCCCCACAGUCAGAGAAGGAUCCAGAAAAACAGAGCCCUCCUCCUGAAUCGCCACCUGGUCCUCCUGAUCCUGGUCCUGCUCCUUCUCCUGGUUCUGUGCCUGGUCCUGCUCCUGCUCCUGCUCCUUCUCCUGCUCCUGCUCCUGCUUCUCUUCCUGCUCUUACUUCUGCUUCUCCUCCUGCUCCUGCUGCUUCUCCUGCCCCUGCUUCUUCUCCAGCCCCAUUACCUGUCAACACAAACCCUACUGUGAUCGUUACCUGCUGUGGCUGUGGGAAGAGAGACAUGCAGGGAGAACUGGACACAAACUACUAUCACCCGAACCACCAAAUGCCAUUGGUUUGGUGCCAUCCCAAGACGCAGGCACUAAGAGGCCUAGUCUGAUCAUUGCUGUCAUUUGCGGGGAAAUGACACCAGAAGUACUGAAGGAAUCUAAGGAUGAGAAAAUCAACCAGUGCUCUUAAGAGGAUAUGGCUUUCACAAUGCAAAGAAUCUCAAGGAAGUUAUUUGUAGAUUCAAGUUCAGUGACUCCACGAUCGUCAAUAAAAUUCCAACUGAUAAGAACUCCACUGUCAUGUUUUGUCCUGCACCAAAGAUAGAGCAGCCUGGACUAACCAUCUUAGUUGAAGUUAGCCUGAACGGAAGAGACUUCCUUGCCCACACCAUCCCUGUGAAUACUUCUGACUGUAUACCAGUGACCACCACUCCUGCCCCUGAAACCUCUACCCUGCCAACAAUUCUGACAGCUUCACCAAAAAGCCCUAUCCCCAAAACUACUGUCCCCCAUAUUAUACUCCCCCCUCUUCUACCUCCACCCCUGCCUCUGCCUUCACCAGCCAUUG